UUAUGCUCUGUCCCUAUAUUCCUAUGUCUAUGCUUUAUAACAUAGUAUAUGAUAGUUGCUUGAAGGUUAAAAAUUAUAAAUUUAGUCAGUAGUGUUUAUAGAGAUUGUGUCUGUUAUAUCAUGGACUACAAAGAUGAGCAACACAAUGAAAUUGAAGCUUUAGAGUCAAUUUAUUGUGGUGAAUUGGAAAUUUUAGCAAUAGAGCCAUUUUAUACAUUUGCUAUACCAAUUAAAACGGAAGAAUAUGAACCAGAAACUGAAAAUGGACUUAGUUGCCGAUUAGAAUUUACAUAUACAUCAAAGUAUCCAGAUGAACCAUUACUUGUAUCAAUAACAGAACAGGAAAACUUUGAUGAAGAUGAGAAAUUGAAAGCACAUCUGGCGGAACAGAUGAGCGAAAAUCUUGGUAUGGUAAUGGUCUUUACAUUAGUUAGUGCAGCACAAGAAUGGCUUAAUGUACAAUGGGACAAAAUAAAAUUAAGAAGAGAAGAGACUGCAGCACAAAAAUUAAAAGAGGAAGAGGAAGCUGAAAGAAGACGAUUUGAGGGGACUCGUGUAACCGUAGAAACUUUUCUAAGUUGGAAAGAAAAGUUUGAUGAAGAAAUGGGUUAUAAAAAACGAAGGGAACUUGCAGAUCGUGAAGGGAAAAAAUUAACAGGGAGAGAAUUAUUUAUGACUGAUAAAACAUUGGAUCAGUCAGAUCUUAAGUUCUUGGAUGAUGGUGAUGUUGUGAAAGUGGAUGAGAGUUUGUUUCAAAAUCUAGACGACUUGGAUUUAGAUGAUGAAGAGGACCUAGACUUUGAUCCAAAUAUUUCAGACAAUAGUGCCUAAAUGUGUUUAAUUUAGUAACUGUUGACGCAAAAUGAUAUAUAAACAAUAUAUUAUGAGGAAAUUUAUUAAAUUAUUAUAUAGUAA